GUUUAGGACGGUGCGGCAGGAAAACCGCAGCGCAGCGUGGAUGAAUAGAGGUCCACUAGAGGAGGGAAUACCGUAAAUAUUCAAGCGGGGACUGCGAGGACAUGAAGGAGCAGUCUGAGUUCAUGGAGAGGACAAAGACGACUUGAAUCGGGAUCUCGCUUCCAGGCCAUCUGAAACACACAAUGCGUGUUUCUUUAAGAGGGACUCGCUAGCAAUCACAGAGGGAUCAGAAUGGAUGACAGUCUCAGGGCUGUACCCCACUUUUUGGCUCGAAUGGGAUCGCGAUGAAUAAAAGCCCCUUGUUAAUAGAACUUAGCCUGUAAUUGAACAGCAUUACAAGAAUAGGAGAUGUGAUGGGCGAUAUUCACUAAAAGUGACCCAUAAAUACAGUUUUGGUGCAGUGAAUUCCUUAGGAAGGAUGUCAUCGUUCGCUUCGGACCUGUAGGCGACCACACGGCUGGUGCUGCUGACCCUUCUUCUGCCUGUGAAUAUGGGGGAUCUGACGGAGGCAAAGGACUGGAAAAAGACUUUCAUUGUUCCUACCAUUAAGUCUUUUGACCAUUAUGAUUUUAACAGAGCGAAAACCCGAGCGAGUCUCACAUGGCUAGUGGCCAAAGCCUUUGGUACAGAGAGUGUCCCGGAUGACCUGAAGGAUCCCUUUUAUACUGACCAGUACGAGCAGGAGCACUUGAAGCCACCGGUAGCCAGCCUGCUGCUGUCGGCCGAACUGUACUGCCGCGCUGGGAGCCUGAUCCUGAAAAGUGAUGCGGCCAAACCCCUGCUGGGCCACGAUGCGGUCAUCCAGGCUCUGGCUCAGAAAGGCCUGUAUGUCACCGACCAGGAAAGACUGGUCACUGAGAGGGACCUGUGCAAGAGACCCAUUCAGAUGAGCGCCCACCUGGCAAUGAUUGACACCCUGAUGAUGGCCUACACGGUGGAGACGGUGAGUGUGGAGAAGGUGGUGGCGUGUAUGCAGCAGUAUUCCACAGACUACGCAGAAGGAGAUGUACCGUACGACACAGAGGAUGCGGUUACCAGCUGGAUGAAUAAGGUGAACGAGUACUUGAAAGAGAUCAUCAUGCAGGAGCAGAGGAGGAGAGAAGCGCAGAACGCAGAGCCUGUAGAGAACCCGAAGUCUCCAACCAAAUGGUAUAUGAAGCUGGUUCCUGCCCGCUACAGGAAAGAGCAGGUGUUGCCUAAGACAGUGCCAUGGAUCCCCCCGGUGGACAACCUGCUGAAGGACAGCACAGAUGGCUGCGGCCUCGCCGCCCUGCUGCACUUCUACUGCCCGGACAUCGUCAAGCUAGAGGACAUAUGCUUGAAGGAGACCAUGUCGCUGGCGGACAGCUUAUACAACCUGCAGCUCAUUCAGGACUUCUGCCGUGAGCACUUGAACCACUGUUGCCACUUCAGCCUGGAGGACAUGCUGUAUGCAUCUUCAUCCAUCAAAAACAACUACCUUGUAUUUAUGGCUGAGCUCUUCUGGUGGUUUGAAGUGGUGAAGCCAUCUUUUGUGCAGCCUCAGGUUUUGGCCCCUGAAGCACCGACUCCAUCAUUGAAGAACGUGCCAUCUGUGCCCAUCUCAAAAGUCACAAAGAGAAGCUUCAUGGAAAGACCUCCCAGUCCAGACAGGCCAAGUCUCCCACUGCGGCCACAGCCACAGACAUCAAACUCAGGUCAGAUCAAGCGAUCAACUUCCAUGUCAUUUGUGGACAGCUUUAUGGGUACUUGGCCCAAGGAGAAGAGGUCAGCUGCUCAGGGAGUGUCCUUCGACAUCCCUUUCGAUAAAGAGGACAACAGCCAUACUCCUGCGCCACUUAGCCGGGGAAUGACCAGGUCUGUAAGCACUGAGGGCUUUGGGUUCAAACUAGCCAAGGGAAUGAAGCGAAACCUGUCCUUCCAACCUGUCGACUGCCAGAACAUAGGCAUUGAGGAAGAGGGCUGUCCAGACAGCCUUGCAGGAGACCAGCAUGGCCGUGUAAAUGGCACAGCACCACCUAGCAUUGAAGAGGCCCUGGAAAUCAUCCACAACUCAGAGAAGCAGCAGCAGAGCACGGAGGCUCAGGCAGAGAGUGAAGGAUUCUUCCUUCAUCUGCAAAGCAAGGGCGAGCUGACCUCCAAAACCCAAGACAAGGAAGGAGACCUAGACUCGGUUUCGGAGACGAAAGGGGCUUUGAGCACAUCGACAGAGGUGGACACUGGCAUUCAUGUGAGAACAGAAGACAUCCAGGAGACACUGGAUGAGGAUUCGUCCCUGAGGGACUGCACAAUGAGUAUGGAGUUAGAUACAGAUCAGGACUUUGAGGCAAGAGCUUGUCGCAGCCAGGACUCCACCAGCCCAUGCCCCAGCAGUGUCAGCACCAAGUCCCCCAUAGCGGGCACCCCCACGCCUGGGGUUAAGAUGACCAGCUUUGCUGAGCAGAAGCUGAAGAAGCUCAAUCCCAAUGUGGAGGCCAAGGGUGGCAGCUCUCAGGUGACCACACCAGACAGUUCUGACCUCAACAUUCCCCACUCAGUGUCCUGGGCCCCCUCUCCAGAAGUGAGCCCUGCCCACCAGCCACCGAAAGAUCCGGCCCAAGCCAUGGCUGCAGAAAUGGUGCAGCUGCGCAUGAGAUUGGAAGAGAAGCGACGUGCCAUCGAGGCCCAGAAGAAGAAAGUGGAAGCUGCCUUUACGCGCCACAGGCAGAAGAUGGGACGCAACGCCUUCCUCACGGUGGUCAAGAGGAAAAGUGAUGGCGCCUCACCAAUCCACGAGGACACUGCAGUCGCAGAGGAUGGUAAGACACCAGCUGAUAAACCACAGCCUACAAAAUCUCCAGUCAAGGGUGAUGAGGGUGCAUCCGAGGCAGACCUUCUGGAGUACACGCGCUCCAUUGAGAAGCUGAAUGCUUCACUCAGCUUCUUGCAGGCAGAGAUGCAGCGGCUGGCCCAGCAGCAGGAGGUCAUCAUGCAGAUGCGGGAGCAGCAGGCCUGGGUCGUAUCUCCACCACAGCCUUCUCCCAAAAAACAGGUGCAGGACCUGAGAGGGAGCGGGGCUCGCUCCUCUGGUUCUCCUUCACCUGCUGACUCCCCUCGCACCACCCAUCGCUCCCCCACCAACCUCAAGAGGAAGUCAGCCUCUUUCCACUCCAAAACUCCACGGACGCCCAGGCCUAAUGAGCUGAAGAUCACCCCAUUCAACAGAGUCUUGACCGUUCCCCAGUCUGUAGAUAGCAUACCUCGACUGCGUAGGUUUUCCCCAUCUCAGUCUGUGACCAGCUCCUUCGCAUACCUUGGGGAUAACAAAAAACCCACACUGGCUGCUGAAACCACAGAUAAGGACAAUAUGCAAGCCCCUGAGGGCUCCAUUGGCGAACUCACUUCACCAACCAAAGACAUACAACAGGCUGAAACUGAAACACUUGUUGUAGAUUCAACUGACAAGGAGUCAGAGGAGGUGAAGGAUGGACAAGUUAACGUGAAGGAGAAUGGAGAGGAGGAGGAAGAGAAAAAGCCAGAAGGAGAAAUUAAGCCCACAGUGGAAUCUAGUGUUUCAGAGGUGCUAUCGCAAGCAGUAAAAGAAACUGUCAUAGUCACGCCUACCGAGAAGCCAGUUGAUUCCGUUAGUCAGAGCAGCAAGAACUUAAUUGAGGUGCCGCUGUCUGUCCUGAAACCUCUUGAUGGGCAGGAGGUAGAAGAGAAAGGGGAAGCACAGACAACAGGAGAGAACCUGGAUGAUGACCAGAAGAUGUGCUGCGGAUUCUUCUUUAAGGAUGACAUGAAGGGGGAGGACAGCAUGGCCAUGAAGCGAGCUGCGCUGUUAGAGAAAAGGCUGAGGAGAGAGCGGGAGAGCCAGCAGAGGAAACAGCAGCUUGAGGCUGAGCUGGAGCAGAAGAAGGAGGAAGCCAGGUUGAAGGCAGAGGAGGAUCGGCUGAAGAAGGAGGAGGAGAAAGCCAGGCGGGAGUUCAUCAAGCAGGAGUACCUGAGGAGGAAGCAGCUCAAACUCAUGGAGGACAUGGACAUGCUGGUGAAAACUCGGCCUGCAGGGGCUAAGCAGAGGAAGCCAAGGCCCAAGUCCAUUCACAGGGACGUGAUGGACUCCCCCAAGACCCCAGUCAGGGCCACAGCAGGUUCACGACCUCGUGUUUUUUCAGUGUCCAGUCUCUCUUUGGCCUCCCUAAAUCUGGGUGACAAUGAAAGUGUCAGCUCAGAGAAAAGAACCCCAAGGCCUGACUCAGCUGAUGGCUUCCUGUCUCCUUCUCGAUCUGGGAGCCACAACGGAGAGAAAGAUUGGGAAAAUGGGUCUACCACCUCCUCUGUGACUUCCAACACUGAGUACACAGGUCCUAAAUUGUACAAAGAGCCCAGUGCCAAGUCGAAUAAGCAUAUUAUUCAGAAUGCCCUGGCUCACUGUUGUUUGGCUGGGAAGGUCAAUGAGGGACAGAAGAACAAAAUCCUGGAGGAGAUGGAAAAAUCAGAGGCGAACAAUUUCCUGAUCCUGUUCCGUGACUCGGGCUGCCAGUUCCGCUCUCUCUACACGUACUGCCCCGAUACUGAGGAGAUCACCAAGCUCACAGGCAUCGGGCCCAAGAACAUCUCGCGCAAGAUGAUCGAUGGCUUGUACAAGUACAACUCAGACCGGAAGCAGUUCAGCCAAAUCCCAGCCAAGACCAUGUCUGCCAGCGUAGACGCCAUAACCAUCCACAGCCACCUAUGGCAGACGAAGAAGCCGGCAACCCCGAAAAAAGUAGCACCCAACAAGUCCUAGUACUGUUCAGUGGCUCCUUCCAAUCGUUCUCUGUACUUAGACACUCAAAUCUGGACAACACACAUAUGAGGUUUGCGCUUCUUCUUCAUGGACCACUACCCACGGUCUCCACUGAAUCCAACCAGGAAACACAAUUUUGCUAAAAGAAUAUUUAUGCACAACUGGAAUGUACAACACUAUGGGCUUGUCAGCGGCUCUCACAUCUGUAUUUAUAACCUGACUGUCUCAUUGGAGUUCUUUUAAAGCAAGUUGGGUGGGUGAGUGCGUGUGUGGUUAUUUUGUAUGUGCCAAAACAGUGGUUAAUGAUGAAAUGAAGUAGUAUGGCUCUUAUUUGGUACACUGAAGCACUGAAUGUCAUUCGUCUGUAUAAAGAAAACUUUUGCAUAUACAUAUGUUGACAUGUGGCCUUAUGUUGGAAGUGUUUUAUUUCUUUUCAUUUGAGGUUUUUUUUUUAUUUUUAGUAGUGUACUGAAGUGAUUGUAAGGCUGCUUAAUGAGAGACAGUUACCAUUGAAAUGGUUUUGUUAGACCCUGUUCUACUAGGGGGGGACUCCUCUGGGCAAGCAAUGCUGUAUCUGUGCAUUAUACCAAAUCAGUGUGGUAAUAUGUCUAAUAUUUUUGCUUGCAUAGAGAAUCACCCCCAUCUCUUGCGUUUUAAACUACUUAUUCUGCUUAAAUGGCUUUGGUUCACAGCAGGAUUGUGAAUUCUUCCAGUGCAAAUACGUGUUUAUCAUUGAAAUUUUAUUAUUAUUAUUAUUAUUAUUAUUAUUUCCAGUUAUUUGACAGACCAGAGGAAUUGUUUUAAAUUCAAAACCAUGAUCUGUUUAAAUCAAUGUGUCAUUAACGAUAGGAUGGUGGUUUAGAAGACCAAACUCCUCUUGCAUUAUUACGUGAUUGUAGGUUGUGAAAAUCAAGCUAGCUAAUAUUUGAUAAUGCUAUAUUGAAUUAUGUAUCAGUGAUAUUUCCAUGUCAGCUUCAGCAGAUGAACUGAAUCGAUACUGAGAAGUCAUUGUACCAGUCAUUCCCAUCUUAGUUUUCUCGUUUGUGCUUGGUGAAUGAUUUGUUGAUUCUGCAACAGACAUUACGAUUUCCAGAAUGAAUUUUUCCAUGUACGAUCGAGACAGAUUAAGACAGUAUUCUCCUUCGCUGUCACAAAUCAAGCCGAAAUCUCAAAAAGCAAUGUGCCAAAUGACAUUUUUAUUCUUACUGCAUGGUUUAGACUGAGGAUUAAUGCUCUUGUUCAUAAUUAACUUGUAUUUUGGCUUGGGAUGUCAGAAACCCCUACCACAGAUAUUCCAUAUUCUACUGCCUGAUGUUUGUGGCUGUUAUUUCAGUGGUAAACAUGUAGUAGCAUCGUGCUCAUUGGGUCAUAAGGCAGAAUGUGGCUAGUUACGGGUCGAGGCUUACUGUGUUUGACAUGAACACAUGCCUUCUUUCAGUUUAAUUAAAGCCCAUUCUAUAUCCAGGCUCUCUUUGAGUCCCUUAGCAUGUUCCAGAUUUUCCUUUCCACAAUCAUCAACAAACACACACAGCUGUGCUCCAUUUAUUUACAAUGUUGGAUUGCUGAAAUGUUGUGUUUCUGAAGGGAAAACUGUACAGGCCUGUUAUAAACAGCAUCUGGGGGACAAAAAAACUUUUUUAAAAGGUCGUUGUAGUGACUUAAAUUGGCUGUUUCAAGCCAAGAACUGGCUACGUAUUUGUAAAUGAGCACGGUUUAAUAUUGUACAGUGUGCAGUGUGAGCUCAUCAGCCCAUUGUAAGGAAGCCUCAUUUUUGUUCCUUUCUUAAAGACACUGCUGUCAUAGCUAACUUGUUGAAGUAGCAUACCAUGUUUGCUUUAUAUUGCAUUGAAUAAAAUUUCGCAUGGUCUCAAA